GCCUGCUGCUGGUGCAUUAAAAUUGACGAUCCGGUGGCGAGCGCGGUGGCUUCAAUGACGAGCUCCGAUAGAUUGAACGGUGAACGGUGAUCGACGUCGCGCUGUGCAAAAUCUUGCAACGCAAACGGCAAUGGAAUCGGAAAUGAAAUUGGAAAGCGACACGGGCAUGCGCAUAGCAUGGAGCUUUCGAUUCCCAUCUAUGGGUACUCUGCAGAACCUAGGUACCAGCAGCCGACGGCGCAGACGAGACGGCCUUGCCUCGUCGGACUCGUGUAAGGAUCUUCGAUCGCAGAAGAGACACACGAUACAUCUGCAGCCGGAAGUAAUCAUCCAGAACGAGCCGUGCUUGAUUGUGACUCCGCCGUCACCCGACGAGCGUACUGAGGAUAGUUCAAGGACACCCGAAGAAGACGAGGGCAUAAGGGAGGAUCGGCACGCAUGUCCGCAAAGUGAUAGGGAGUCGUCCGCUACGAAGGUAUCCGAGAGUAACAACAAUCUGUCACCGCCAAUGGAGCCAUCCGAAGAAUCUACACGCAAGCUUCUUGAAAGAGAAUUGCGGCUUCUCGAUCCACGAGAUCUGCGAUCGCACGCUUGGUAUCACGGUAGCACAUUGCGCAGUGGUCGAAAAGGUGCGGAAGCGGAAGUGCUGAACGAUGGAGACUUCUUGGUGCGUGAUUGCGCUUCCCAGCCUGGCAAUUAUGUUCUGACCGUACGAUGGAAGAGUCAACCGCUUCACUUCGUCAUCAAUCGAGUCGUGAUCCAGCCCGAUACAGUUUACGAGAGAGCGCAGUAUCAAUUUGAAGAUGAGGCCUUUGAUACGGUCGCUGAUUUAAUCACCUUUUACGUCGGUAGUGGCCGACCGAUCAGCCAAGCUAGCGGAGCUCGUAUCAUCACGCCAAAGCCCAGAUCGGUGCCCUUGAUGUGCGUCGCAGGAUCUAUGAGUAAUCAGCAGCACUGCUCUAGUCCUUCUUCGUCCUCUUUAUCUACUGGUUCGCCGCCUCGUCUGCCUAGGAAACAGCAACGCAGUCACUCUCUGACUGCUCAGCAUCAUGCUGCUGAUCAGCAACACGUAGCUCGAGAAAACAAUCAACAGUCAGGCCCACAGUUACCUGUGCAAUCCAGUACUCUGCCACGAGUACCACCGAUUCAAAACCAAUUGCCCUCCUGUUCGCUAUCCUUGGGUCGCCAGAAGAUCACUCGGGUGAUUUCAGAUCCAGCGUUGCAGCAACAACAGCAACAACCACCAAGUCUGAAUCAUCAGAAUUCCCUUAGUACAGCGCCACCCAAACCUCCCAGAGUACCCUACGUGCCAAAUCAUCAACAUCAUCAUCAUCAUCAUCACCACCACCACCACCAUCAUCAUCAGGGCUACCAAGCGUCUGGUAGCGACAGCGGUAACGGAUCAGGAGAUAGCGAAUUCGAGACCAAUAACUCCGGCGGUGCUAGCAAUCCUUCUUCCUCGGUACCAAUCAAAGGUGUGGUUAUACGUAGCCACUAUAACGUUAGUAAUGAUGGCACCAACGGCAACAAUGGCAGUGAGUACGAAUUGUCGGCGGAGGAACAGCUAGUAGUAGCCGCGCCAUCUCUGGAAAUUACCACAGUGCUCGACAUCGAGGGUUUUACUACGUUGCUGCUGCCGGCUGGUGAACACAGACCCCUGGAUCCAACGGCCCUAAGAGGUGUUUCAGGAAUGUUAUUGGAUUCAGCACCGCGGGUGCUCGCUUCUCAUCUCACAAGGAUUGAUCUCGAAGUAGCGCUUCAACCGGGCACAGGGAACAGAAGCGGACUGAGCGGCAUUGAGCUGGCUACCCUUCCUCACGGAAGACAAGCUAGAAUGGACUUGAUUGAGAGAUCGGAAUGCAUAAAAUUGUUAGUGGCGGUCACUGUCCUGGCUGGCGCUACAGCUAUAGAAAGAGCAUCUACCAUCAGCAAAUGGAUUAAAGUGGCAAUCGACACUAAAACUGCACUUGGUAAUCUCUAUGGCUUCUGUGGCGUAAUGCUUGGUUUGUGUUUGCCGCAAAUUCAAAGGUUGGCUAAUACGUGGCACUUGCUAAGGCAGAAACAUACAGACGAAGCUUUUAGUUUCGAGGCGAAACUUAGACCUACUCUACGGGCUAUGAAUGAAUGUACCAAUCCACAAGCGCCUAACACGACGUUACCACAUUUAUUACCGAUCGCCUUACUCGGAGAACGCGGCCCCGAAGAUGUUUUAGGUACCGUAGCCCCUUCCGGACUCGCGGCAGCGAUUCUUUCGCCAUGGGAGAAUUCGGCGUCCGACUGCGGCUUAUCAAUCGUCUGGUCUCAUCUUGAAGCGGCUCGCAAACUGGCCGAGAGUCUGCCACUUUUUCGCAGAAAUGCGGAGAUCGCUCUGGAGGGUUGCAGAAGUGACGAAUUGUUGUCGGAUGCCUUCCGCACAGAGUUUCACAUCAAGUUCCUGUGGGGUAGCCGUGGUGCUACUGUCGCCCCAGAAGAACGUCACCUCAAGUUCACCCAAGUUUUAGACGCGAUGUACGAUAAAUGCGCGACCAGCGAAGUGACCGCUUGAAAAAUGAUGAAAGAAUGUGAUGAAUCCGACUAUACACUGCAAGAAUUCUCCUUGGAAAACAAGACGACCUUGUCUAGUUGACUUGACUUUCGCAACUGCAUUGACUAGCACGACGCUCACAAGAAAUCAAAAUAAUUCUAUACAUUAAUCAAAUGGCAUCAUCUUAUCGUUACUGAUGUAAUCGCAAGUCGUAGAGCAUAUCUCAAGAAUAUCAAACAUUCUUCCAUUCAUUUCAACAUUCCAUAAUUCCAAUGUUUGUUUUGAGUGGUGUAAGUACCAGUUGUAUAAGAAUAUCCAAAGACCUGAUCGAGAGAAUCGAUCGAAACGUAUUUGUAUCGUCAGCUGUACUUAACUUUAAUCGAUAGUGUAAUUCGUUAAUGUUACGUUGUAAGCAUUGUUCAUAUUUGUUUAUACUUAAUAUAUAAAUUGAAAAAGCGUAUUUGCCAUUUUAUCUGCACCAGUCAUUUUUGUGUUUGAAGUAAUUCAUGAUCAAUAUGUAAAUUGCAAAUUAAUUCAAUUAUAUUAUUGUAAAAUUCUUUACUCGAAUCUUUAUUAUUCUGUAAAACUUAUAUUAUUUGUUUAAACGUUUUAAAUGUUUUUUUCAAACGUCUUAUCAGAAUAGCCUUUUGUCGAUUAAAAUACGAAUAUUUUACGUUGCUUCUUAAAAUAAAAAUGCAAUAUUUAAUAUCGAAGAAUUCAUGACAUUUAUUUGUGAAAUUUAAUAAAGAUUUGUUAUCAAUUGUUUUCAUCAUUUUUAUGACACAUUAAAAAUUAUAUUAUUCUUAAAAUAUUUACUACACAUUAUAACAUAUUUAAAGAAUCAAUAUCAGAUGCAAAAAAAUUAUUUCGUUUUAUCGUUGAGUAGUCAUUUUCAUUACCAAACUCACUAAAAAUUUUUAUAAUUCGUUGAGUAGUACUGGCGGCAAAUAAAAGUUUGUUCGAUUUA